AUGAUACCGAACAAGCCAAGUGAUGAUAAGAUAAAGAUGCUUCACGAAAGGCUCACUGCCUUGGAGAUGACCCAAAAACCUACAAAGCCUCGAAAAGGCGAAUCGCUGGCAUUUCAAGUUGAUGUUAAUAAGGGACGCACGGUCGUCGUACAGGAGAGUGUGCAAGUUGCGGAAAGGAAAGAAGAUUCGAAAAAGUUACUUCCUGCGCAGGUCAAAGAAAGGGAGGGUCGAAAAGCUACCUCGAGCGAAGAAACAGACGAGCAAUAUUUCGGACGCUUGGUUCUUGAAACAAGUGAAACGAAGCAGAAAGCAAAGGAUCGUAUGCUGUUAUCGAGCGUUGAAAANGCAGUCGAGAGACAAAAGCCAUCGGAGGACCGUCAGAAUCAGCUACAGAGGAAAAGAACUUCCAGCGACAGAGAACCAAUCGCCAUGGUCUGUUCGACUGAGCCUCCGAUUAGUUACAAAAAAGGCAGAAUUAGUGUGACAAUUCAUCCAAGUGUAGAAAGUCGGUCCAAAGAAUUGUGCCGAGGAAUCUAUGCGAUGGAGUCUGUCCUUUCCAAGUACCCCUACAGGAAAAUAGUCCAGUGGUCUACGGGAAUUCAGUCAAGAAUCGAAUGCAUCUUCUGUGGAUCCAUGGGAACCCAUGAUUCGGACUCGUGUCCUACAGUCGUUGUAUGCGAGGCUGCAACUAGCCAUGGCCGCCGGCAGAUGCCUACGGUGUUUGAAACUUCACAAGGGUGCAUGCACGUCAAAAGAAGACGGCUGUCGGUACUGCCGGCAACUUCACGAGACUCCGUUCGAAGACAUCAUACCGCUGUAUCGCCACCAUCGUGCCCUUUGUCCGGUGCCCGACGCUAA